GUGUCAUUCGUCCGUCUGCCCGUCCCUUCAUGUUUCCCCCCUCCCCGCCCGCUGAGGGGAACGCGCGCAGCGCCAGCCCUGCCGCCCCCUCACCCGCCGCAGCGGCUUCGUGGUAUCAGAAAUGACUACCCCAAACAAGACACCACCUGGUGCUGAUCCAAAGCAGUUAGAGAGGACUGGUACUGUUAGAGAAAUAGGCUCACAAGCAGUUUGGUCUCUUUCAUCCUGUAAGCCAGGAUUUGGAGUGGAUCAGUUACGAGAUGACAAUCUAGAAACUUACUGGCAGUCAGAUGGAUCACAGCCUCAUUUGGUGAACAUCCAAUUUAGAAGAAAAACAACAGUGAAGACGUUAUGUAUUUAUGCAGACUACAAAUCUGAUGAAAGUUACACGCCAAGCAAAAUCUCUGUCAGAGUAGGAAAUAAUUUUCAUAAUCUCCAGGAAAUCCGGCAACUUGAAUUAGUGGAACCAAGCGGCUGGAUUCAUGUUCCUUUAACAGAUACCCAUAAGAAGCCUAUUCGCACAUUUAUGAUUCAGAUUGCUGUUCUAGCUAAUCACCAAAAUGGAAGAGACACUCACAUGAGACAAAUCAAAGUGUACACCCCGGUGGAAGAGAGCUCUAUUGGUAAAUUCCCUAGAUGUACAACGAUCGAUUUCAUGAUGUAUCGCUCAAUAAGAUAAAAUUUCUUAAUGAGAAAUAAUAAAGGCAUUUUUUAAUGGCAGUAUCAUUGCUUAAGUAUUCAUAUAGUUAGAGCAGGGUUUACUUCAGUGUAAUUGUCUGUCUAUGUUUAUACUUUGUACAAUUUUGAAAUAAAGAUAAUCUUGUGUUACGGUA